AUGGGCACCGUCCCGAUCCUCCACCCGGAUACAUUCCAGAAACACGUUCGUCGCAUGGACAGCGAUGAUUGUCUAUACUCUUAUUGCAUGGUUGCGGCCUUCUGUGCCUUUGUAUUGACCCAAACCGGGUAUCUCUCCUGGCAUGGGGAGAUCCCCCCGGGCCUUGCAGGAGCUCUGCUGGACGAGGCAAUGGCAGUGCGUCGCCAUCUGGAUUUGUUUGCUGGGUCUACCCGCCAGGGCAUUAUCAUCGCAUUUUUACUGUAUGGGUGCCAUAUUGGCUUUGGGAACCAGCGUCAUGCGUAUUAUUUCCUGCGGGAGGCGACGACGCUGUACACGGCCGGGAUGCUCGACCAGCCUGGCGUGGAGGGAGAAGAGGACCAGGAUCCGAGCUUUCAAGGAAGGCUAUUUUGGCUUCUGCUCAUAUCAGAGCGGUAA